AUGGCGCCAGCUACAGCCAUGGAUGCGAGCACUUCGGUAGCUUCGCCGCUGACACCCUCUAAACGCGAAAACACCCACUCUCCGCUAUCGGGCCUCAAUGACCAAGUCAAGGCGCCAAAGACGCACGAGCUCUCGCGCAUCAACGAGUCCAGCAACGACUCUCAACCCGAUCCUAAGGGAAGCUGGAGGAGCUGGAGGCGCGGCGACGGUCUGCAGCCAUGGGAGAACGACAUCGUGCGCAGCACCGAGGUGCAACGCAAGGCCAACGUCGCUCAGCUCUACUUCCUCAGCUACUACUUUGACAACCUCCGCUACAUCGCUGAUCGCAAAGCCAGACAUGCUCGCUUCGAGGAGUCGACACGCUCGCGUGGCUUGCUGCCCGAGACCAAAGGCGCCGAACCGACGCCGGAAUAUCUCAAGGAGCGCAGCUCGUACUUUGGACGUGAACGUGUGCUGCUCCGCAAGAGGAGGACCAAGCUUCGCGUCAAUCAAUUCCAUAUCAUCACCCAGGUGGGCGCCGGUGGCUACGGAGAAGUCUUCCUGGCUCGCAAGCGUGACACGGGCGAGAUCUGCGCGCUCAAGCGACUCAAGAAGCGCAUUCUCGUCAAGAUGGACGAGGUGCGUCACGUUCUCACCGAGAGAGAUAUCCUGACGGCCACCAAGACGCCUUGGCUGGUACGUCUUCUGUACGCGUUCCAAGAUCCCGAUCACGUCUUCCUGGCCAUGGAGUACGUUCCUGGUGGCGACUUCCGCACGCUGCUGUGCAACAAUGGUGCGCUAAAAGAGGAGUAUGCACGCUUCUACAUGGCCGAGAUGCUCGUCUCGGUCAACGAGCUUCACCGUCUGGGCUACAUUCACCGCGAUCUCAAGCCCGAAAACUUCCUCGUCGACUCGAGCGGUCACGUCAAGCUCACCGACUUUGGUCUGGCUUCGGGUGCGCUCCACCCAGGCAAGAUCGAGUCGAUGAAGGCCAGACUGGAUGCUGUUAAGGACACUGACUUCGUCUAUCGCACGCCUGCCGAGCGUGGCUCGAUGUUCAAGAAGAUGAUCCAGCACACUCAACAUCGCGCCAACUCGAUUGUGGGCAGCCCCGACUACAUUGCACCCGAGAUGCUGCGAGGACGACAGUACAGCUUCGGUGUCGACUACUGGAGCUUGGGAUGCAUCCUGUACGAGUUCCUUUGUGGUUUCCCUCCCUUCAGCGGUAGCAACCCUGACGAGACGUUCGCCAACCUCAAGAACUGGCAAAAGGUGCUGCAGCGACCCGUGUACGACACGCCCGAGAAUAUGCAGUUCAACCUCAGCGACGUGGCCUGGGAUGCUAUCACCAAGCUCGUCGACACUCCCGAACGACGAUACAGCAGCCUCGAACCGGUGCAGGCGCAUCCUUUCUUCCGCUCGCUGGACCUGGGUCGCUUGCGAGAUCUCAAGGCACCCUUCAUCCCCGAGUUGGAGAACGAGGAGGAUACAGGUUACUUUGACAACUUUGACGACCCGGCUGACAUGGCUCGGUACAAGGAUGUGCACGACAAGCAGAGGAACGUCGAGGCGGUGCGCGAGAGCGGCUCGGGUGCAGGUGGGAGGGCGUUGUGGGUGGGCUUCACUUUCGGCAAGAACCACCUGGGAGCGGAUGGCAAGCCCAUGUUCCCGCCGUCGUCGUCCAAGGAUGCCUCUGACGCGUUCGCGACCAUGUUCUGA